AUGAUGCUGACUUUCCAGAUGGCUCCUCUCAUCAGCAUCCUCAUCUUGUGGACGGUCAGUGUUGAGGCGAGAAAAUUGAAACAAAACAUUGCAACGAGAGAUCCUCCUUUCAUGGAAAAACACUACCAACAACUGCACCUCACUAAAACCGGAAAACCAAUCAAACUCGAAUGUCCCAUCUCUGAACCUCAACACAACAUUUUUAUAAUCUGGGAAAAACAAGUCACAUCAGAUCACAGUAAAACACCGACUGACUACUACAAUUCAUCUCAUUCGGUCAUAAGUUAUCAAAAAGUUGUACCAUCCCUGGUUAGAAAUGGAAGGUUGCGUAUUAAGAAUGCAAAGGUUGAAGACGCUGGUACAUACCGAUGUACGGCUAUUAACGGUUUCGGAUCGUCAGUGGCCCAUUUUCGAGUGGUGGUUGCACGUGAAAGCAAAGAGGAAGAAAUAAAAACAACAGAUGUUCCCAGUGACACAACUGGCUCAACAUUUGUUCAGAGUUCUAACAAACCGCCAAUUAUAUCAACAUCGAGUCCAACAUCAACAACGCAAACAUCAUCGUCAUCAUCUUUAAUCGACUUUUCAUCAACUCAUUUCUUUUUCAGCAACAUGGACUCUCAAUGGACAAUGAACAAGUUGGGACUGAUCCUUGCUUCCGGACUUGUUUCAUUGGCUGGCCUGGUUGUCUUGGCAACGUACAUCAUCAACAAUUGUAAAAUGAAUGGAGGUCCAGUGUUCAGAAGCAAUGGUAGUGAUUAUAUAUUACGCAGGUUUCUAUCCAUGCCAGAUGAACAUGUGUUCAACCACAACAACAACAACGUCAACCACUACUGCAACGCAACAACGACAAUUCUGCACAGACCAACUAACGAUAGAAAUGUUCUUUCUAUGCCAGCGAUCGACACCAUUGCCAGCCUUGAGCCGAGAAUACAUAACAUGUCUAAAAAGUACAGCAAUAACGACUAUCGAGUAGUUACGGUUCAGCAAGCUUCCACUCUUCCAAUCCAUCAUCACAUUCCUAUAAAUCAUCCCAUUCCUCGAACUCAUGAAUACUUCACAAAUCUUCCAGAGCAGUACAUUUCUGCUUACUGCGACAUUUCACAGAACCACAUCACCCCUAACAAUCUGGUCAGCAACUUCACAAACACAGCCACAUCCCCCUCAACCUUCAACAACAGAACAAUGAUGGUCAACAUAUUGAGCAGAUUCAUAUCCAGUUUGAACAAUAAUGUAAUUAACAUCGGCAGUAGACGGAGCAGCGUUCAUAACGAUCGUGACGUUGAGUGUGGUCGGUCAGGUAGCAACAGAAUUUACAACAUUAAUCGCAUUCCUCGAAACAUCAACAAGAACAACCACAUUAACAACAAUUGCGUCAAUAACAGCCACGUCAGUAACAACAAUUACAUUAACGUUAAAAACUACAUUACCAACAAAAACAUCAUUAAUGGUGGGAACAACCCCAUUGGAGUUCAUCGACCUAGUUUCACCAGAUACCAUUGGAUGGUCAACAAUCAUCCUGACAUCAUUUCAACAACAACUUCAUUGAACUCAGCAAGGGCCACCAUCAACAUCUCACCUUAG